UAUGAGAUGUGUUAGUACUGCAUUGGCUAUUUCCCUUAUUUAAUUGGAGCUGAGCAUCAAUUCUGAUUUUAUGUUCGAACUACAUGAUAUCAUGCUGUUCCAGAAGGAGCCUGUUCAUCAAUAUGUAUUAUAGUAUGUGAGUUAUUAUAGGUAUGCUAUUAUCUCCCUUUUUCCAUUAUAUAAUUGAAUUCAACAUCACCAUUAAUAUAUCAUUGCUCAACCAAAAGCAUAAUAUAUAUUCUAGUGCGAAAGUUGUGA